GAAUAUGAAUUCGAUCGUUAUAAGAAAAUUUUAGAGGCUAUGGAUCAUUCGCUUUUAACGGAGGAGUUAUUAGAAUAUUGCCCAGAACUUAAGGAAAUUUCUACUGACAUUUCGAAACUUGAAUAUAGAGUUCAAUUUCUUCGUAAAGUAAUUGCUGAGCAGGAAAAAAUGAAUUCCCUUAAAACGGAAGUUGUUAGUGGCAUUUAUCCGCAUUCUGAUUCAAAGAUCGGCAGAAUUACGAAUGAUAAAACUGUUAUGAACAGUAAUUCACUGGGACAAGCAAAGGUACAUAAAUAUGUCAAAGUUGAAAAUUAUGGCUGUUCAAUCAAAACUAUCCUUGAAGCACUUUUCUCAGUUGCUAUUAGAAAUACUUUCCCUAAAAUUGCUGAUUUUCCAGUUGAAAUCAGCGAAACAGCUUUGCCUAAAUUCGGAGAUUAUCAAUUUAAUUCAGCUAUGGUCAUUUUUAAGAGAUUGAAACAAAUGGGUGAGAAAACUGAUCCUCAAACCGUUUCGAGAUUGAUAAUGAAUAAUGUAGAGGAUCAUGAAGCUAUAAAACGGGUUGAAACCGCUGGCAAUUAUAUUAAUAUCAUUUUAAAUAUCGAAUGGAUUGGCAAAAAAAUUUGUGAAAUGGCACUAGAGGGAAUUCCUGUCCCACGUGUAAUGAAGCAGAAAGUCGUAGUUGAUUUUUCUUCGCCUAAUAUUGCCAAAGAAAUGCAUGUAGGCCAUCUUCGGUCAACUAUUAUUGGUGACGGAAUUUGCAGAUUAUUCGAAUACUUCGGGUUUGAGGUAGUCAGAAUCAAUCAUAUUGGAGAUUGGGGAACGCAGUUUGGCAUGCUUAUUGCUCACCUUCAGGAUUGUUUUCCAAAUUACUUAAGUGAAACUCCGUCUAUAUCAGAUUUGCAAACAUUUUACAAGGAAUCGAAAAAGCGCUUCGACAAGGAUGAAAAUUUCAAAGCUCGAGCUUAUCAGUGUGUAGUAAAGUUACAGAAUUUUGACGGUGAUUCUGUAAAAGCUUGGCAAAUGAUAUGUGAUGUAUCUCGAAAAGAUUUUAAUCGUAUUUAUGAUCGAUUAGAUAUAAAAAUUAUCGAGCGCGGCGAAUCGUUUUAUCAAGAUCUAAUGAAAAAAACUGUGAGAGAAUUGGAAGAGCGUGGUGUACUGGAAGACGAUGAAGGUAGAAAAGUCAUGUUCGUCGAUGGUUCAGAAAUACCAUUAACUAUAGUAAAAUCUGAUGGUGGUUUUACUUAUGAUACAUCUGAUUUGGCUACAAUCAAACACAGAUUGGAAGUGGAAGAAGCUGAUUGGUUGAUUUAUGUUGUUGAUGCUGGUCAGAGUCUUCAUUUGGAGAAUAUUUAUGCAGCAGCUCGUCAGUUGGGCUGGUAUAAACCAGAAGAAAAGCGAGUAUUGCACGUUGCUUUCGGUCUCGUUUUGGGCGAUGAUAGGAAAAAGUUUAAAACUAGAUCAGGCGAGUCUGUGAAAUUAACGGAUUUGCUAGAUGAAGGAAUAAGAAGAUCUGAGAUGAAACUUCUCGAAAAAGAACGAGAUAAGGUCAUGACUGUAGAAGAGAUGAAUUCAGCGCGCGAUGCCAUUGCUUAUGGCUGUAUAAAGUAUGCUGAUCUUUCUCAGACUCGCACCAAAGAUUAUAUUUUCUCAUUCGACAAAAUGUUAGAUGAUAAAGGGAACACAGCCGUUUAUUUGCUUUAUGCUUAUACGCGAAUACGUUCAAUCUGUCGCACCUCCGGUGUCUCGCCUGAUCAAAUUAAAGAAUACAUCAAGCAAUUGCCCUCAGGUUUACCCUUCCAGCACGAAGCCGAAAUCAAAUUAGCAAAGACGAUUUUAAAAUUUUCCGACUGCAUCUUGGCAGUCCUCGAUUCGCUAAUGCUUCACCAGAUUUGUGAUUUUGCUUAUCGACUCGCUACAACGUUUCACGACUUUUAUAAUGAAUGUUACGUUAUUCAUAAGGAAAGUGAUGGAAAAGAAGUUAUAAAUUAUCAUCGAUUAGUUCUAUGUCAAGUUACAGCUGAUACUAUGGCAGAUUGUUUCAAGAUUCUUGGAAUAAGGACCGUGGAAAAAAUGUGA